ACGGCUGUAAUACGGCUGUCCAAAUCAGAAGCAGAAAAUUAGGAAAAUUGUGUUAACUUCAGAUUUAAGUGACCGUGACCACAUGUGAACAGGAAGUUGACCAUAAAACAAGUCAUGACAACAAGUGGCGAUUUUUGAGACUGAGCGUGUUGGAGUUAUGAACAGUGUGACAAACUACCCCGCUCUGCCCUACCGCUGAAAAGCAACCAUUCCUCUGCAGUCACAAUUUGGUGUAAAGGCGAGUCCUUAGAAAGUCAGGCAGCUACAUUUAAGAUAGUUAGCUAAUUAGUUAAAACACAUGUUGCUGUUACUGUAAUUAUUAAAUAGCAAUAUAAACAAUGUUCCCUUAUUCAAAGAGCAAAAAUAUUGCUCUUUUCUCCUGUUCAUAAGUUAUAUUGACAUGUACUAUAUAAAUAGGCUUUUUAUGUGACACACAGUGAUUCAGGAUCACAAAUUCAUAGGAAUUACAUCUUAUGGAUUAAAAAUUAAAACAAUCAUUUAAUUUAAAUUAAUUCUUUUAAGUUGGAGUUUACUAGCUAGUAUAGACCGUUUUUGCUAAAAGCUAUAUAAUAAGCUGAUGAUCUUUAUAAUACAUUAAAAUGGGCAAUAAAACAACCUUCUUGGAAGAAGCACACCUGGUGAAACAAAGAGAAAAAUGUUUCUUCUAUCACACCACUGGACCUGUUGCUGUUUAUUGGUCAACGUCAGAGCCAAGACGCAAUAAAGGUAUUUGCAGUAUGAAGCAGCUACACUAUAUAAACUUGAGGGAGACUGGAGGUACAUCAAGUGAUACUGGGACACUGGAAAGAUGAAGCUGUCAGUGCUGUUGCUGCUGGCCCUGCCGGCUCUGUCUUCGGCCACUCUAGAAACUGGGAAUAACGCAGAGCAAAGAAACGACUCAGAUCUAAAUGGUAGAUCUGACCUGACUGACAGAUGGAUGACAACAGAUCAACCUCUCCUGAGUGUUUAUACACUAAGGCAGAAGAUGCAUGUUGAGGUUCAGUCUUCUUCCAUCAAGUCUGAUGAUGGCUCUAACCUGGAGUGGGUGACCUGGAACAACAUUCUUCCAAACGAUGCCGUUUCAAUUGUCAAUAAUUACGCUGGUAACCGCAUUGAUUAUGUAUGCAAAUACGGGUGUAACUCUGGCUAUUAUACCCCCAGCAGGGGUUCUUAUUGCUUCUAUCGCGGCACAAAAACAACCGACUUUGAGCUCCUAGUCAACAAAGACAACUUCGAUAUUCUGGAGUGGGUAGAUGAUUCAUACGGCAACGUGCCCCAGAAUUCAGUCAGAACCUGCCCUGGGCAGGAAAUAUACGUAGGAAAGAACAAAUAUGGACUUGGUAAGAUAGUUACUAAAGAUAAGGCCUUCUUCUUGGCUUGGGACGGUGGAGACAUUUGGUACAAAUACUACCAAGCCCUGACCGCACAUGAUGAUAUAAUCAGCCAGCAGAUCUAUGAUGUCAUUUACAAUACUGCUGAUCCUACAAUAAUAAGCUAUCCUCCAAACAUGAUACACAAAUCAAGCGUCAGCAACUAUGAAUGCCACACAGUGAUUAAAACAGAUACCAUCUCAAAGACAAACAAGGUGGAGUAUACGUGGGAAUCCACCUUUGCUAUCAAAGUUGGUGUUAAAAUGAGUAUCACUGCUGGCCUCCCCAGCUUAGUCUCCGAAAACACUGAGAUCAGCGCAGAGACGACAUACCAAGUCUCCAGUGGAACCACAGUGACAGAGGAGGUCACUGAAACUACUACUGUGAAUGUCAAAGUCCCACCAAACCACUCCUGCAUAGUUAAAAUGAUGCGGAGUGACCACAAACUUCAAAUCCCUUUGACAGCAAGACUCUCGCAUACCUACAGUGACGGGGCGACCCGCACGACAUCCAUCACUGGGACGUAUGACGGCGUUCAGAUGGGACAAAUUAGGGCCGAUGUGGAACGAUGUGAACCUCUCCCAGACGCCAAGCCUUGCCCAUGAAAUGCAAAAAGCCACACUUGAUGUCAGAAAUGUCUGUUUGAUUACGGGUGGGUGGGGGGUGUCUAAUGAAUUUAAUUAAUCGAAUAUAAAUAUAAACAUAUGCUUGAUUACUCUGUAUUAACCCUAAAUCUCAGUCUAACAUAUAUAAAUGUGUAACUAUUUUGGAAGCCAAUCAUAGUGCAGUAUGCAAUUUACACAAAUGUGAUGUAGAAAGCUCCAGUGCAAACACACUGAGAACGGACUUUUCAGUGAAGCUGGAGACAUCUUGUGACAAGUAGUAGAAAUAAUUAGCAUAUUGAUAAACUGUGUGCCAUUUCCAUACUACUUCCAUAUUGUGUGUGCUAUCAUAUUAAACUUUAUAGUCUUCUGUGUUU